UUAGACGCUUGACGCCGACACCGGAAACAAGUGGCAGUUGCAACGAAGCUUAUUUUUUAACUUACAAAAUGGGAGUUUCAACAGGUCCUUCGCUGAUGCUAUCAGGCACACUGGUGGUACUAUGUUUUGCUGGCAUGCAGAUGUACAGAGUCCAGCUGGCUUCUUCAGAGUACAUGACCAUUCUUGGAGGAUUUGUUGGAUCUGUGUUCUUCGUUUUGGCAUUAACUGCAGUAAAUAACUUCGAGAACCUGAUGUUUGGACAAGGGUACCAGGCAAGAUUUUUUCCAGAAGUUGCCAUGUGUCUAACUGGAGCCAUGUUUGCAUCUGCCCUUGUACACAGAGUCUGUGUUACAACAUGCUUCAUUUUCUCCAUGGUAGCCCUGUAUUACAUCAACAAGAUUUCCCAGACGAAAUACCAGGCUGCAGUGCCUGUACAGACACCAAAAUCACAGAAGAAGAAGAGAUAAAUUAAUAAAAAUGUCUUCAGACUUUUAGAAUACUAUGUAAAUGUUGACUCUCAUACAAUCAUGUUUGUGAAUCAGGUUUAACUGCAAAUCUCUAGGAAUAUAUAUCAUAUAUAUGUUUUAAAAGAAGUAAACAUAUUAAAAGUAGCUUUGAUGUCCAUCCAUUUUAAUUUUUCUAAGUAUUUGAAUGUUGUGCAGCAGAGUCAUUGUAUAUGUAAUAAUAAAAAACACACUUAAUGUA